UUGUAGAACAGCUGUAUGCCUUACAGUGGAUUGAAGAAUUAGCAAACCCAUCUGGUCUGCUACUUGAAUUUCUUCAUAAUUCUGAAGUAAUGAAAAUUUCACAUGAAAAUUUCUAUCUACUCAAUAAUAUUUCCCAUCUUUUACAAAUAUUGUUCAAUAGAUCAAAAGAGAGCGGACGACUUUGGGCUUUAACCAUGGCUAAAUUGAUAAAUGCACAAAACUUUGCACCCUGUGAGAUUAAAGCACUUUUUGAUUCAUCUGAGAGCUUUUUCCCAUUAACUGAGGGAAACCUGCAUACACUUCAGAAUCUGUCUACAGUUUUAUCUGACGAAGAUAAGGAAGAACUUGUCAUUAGGUUCACAGCUAAACUAAUGACAUGUAAUGGAACUGAUCUCUUCGGUACUGAGGGAGCAUUUGGAUAUCUUGGCAUUUUAAAUUCCUGCUUGAAUACUCAAGAUACUGAUUACGGAGAACUAAUGGCUGGAAUAUUGAAGGUCAUCGUAUCUUGGCGCAGUGAUUAUGAAGAUAGUUUUCUUUUCAGCUGCAAUCUACAAGAAACAAAUCCACAGCUGCUUGGUUUAAAUAUAGAAAUGAUCCGUUUCAUUUCUCUGUUGCUGAAGAAGCCUGUCUCCUUAUUGGAGAGUGAAUGGGAUUUUGUCAUGUGCUCUAUGCUAGCAUGGUUAGAAACAACCUGUGAAAACCCAGAGGUCUUUCCUGCUGCCCAGGUUCAAGUUUUUGCUUCUGUUAGCUGUGACCUGAGUGCUUCUCUAAGUGCAUACUUCCAGGCAACAACUCCUGAAAUUGUUGAAAAAUUUCCAAAAAAUCUCAUGUCUGAAUGGCAGGAGUUCUUUUCGGAAGGCAUUCAUAGCUUGCUUUUGCCUCUGUUGGCAAAAAUCACCCGAAAAGAACAAGAUGUAAUGGAAACAUCAUUUCAGAACUCCAUAUUGAAAUCUUUAGGUAAAGCUUUAACAUAUAUAUCAAAGGAUCAGUUACUGAACCACAGGCUUCCUGCCAAAUUUGUUGCUGGUCAGAAAACAAAUCUCCCUGACAAUCUACAGACUUUGUUAAAUACUUUUUCUCCGUUAUUACUCUUCAGAGCUAGACCUGUUCAAAUUGCAGUGUACCACAUGCUAAACAAGUUAAUGUCUGAUUUACCUAAAUUUGACAACGUGGAUCUCAGAUCUUAUGGUGAUGAAGAAGAGGAAUUAUUAUUGUAUGUUUCAUUUUAUAUUUACGAUGAUUUAUAGAGCUCCUUAUCUGGA